AACGGGAGAUGUUGAAGCAGGAAGCACUGAGAUUCCGCGCCAUGUGGGACGCUGAGAUCAAGAAGGAAGAAGAUGCCGAACGUCAACGCACCGAGCAGCGUCUAGAAACGGCCAGGGAGCGCAAGAAGAUGAUCGAGGAACGGCAAGAAGUCGUGGCCAGGCAGAAGGCUGAGGCCCAGCUCAUCAAUGACACGUGGGACUCGCUGGCCGGCCAGGGACGACAGGCGGAGAGGGACAAGGAAGAACUGAGAAGGAGGAAGGAGAGAGACCUAGACGCCUGCAACAAAAAGAUGGCAGAGCUCCGCGAAGAGAUGAUUCGUUUAGAAUCAGCUGACGACGCGCUGUUCGAGGAGGAAGCCUGGAGAAGACAGGAGAAGUUGGAUACGAAGCGAUGCGAGUAUCUGGCGUGGGCGCAGAAGACUAACCGGGAUGUCCGCAAAGCGAUGAUAGACCAGAUCAAAGACCGGGAGAACGCUCGUGAAGUUCUGAAACAGAAGUUGGCCGAACAGGACGAGUACCACAGACAACUGUUCAGUCAACUCCAAGAGUUGGCUGCCCACAAGGAUGUGACGGACGCCCAGACUCGGAAACAACACCAGAGGAACUUGCUGGAUCAGAUUGAAUACAAUAAGAUGUUGAAGGUAAGUCUUACUUAGCCGAGGACGAGUACCAUAGACAACUGUUCAGCCAACUCCAAGAGUUGGCCGCCCACAAGGAUGUGACGGAUGCCCAGACUCGGAAACAACACCAGAGGAACUUGCUGGAUCAGAUUGAAUACAAUAAGAUGUUGAAGGAAAAGGCCAGGCAAGAGGAACUGGACCAAAUAAAGAAAUGCCAGAUCGCUAGCCAGGAGUAUGAGCAGGAAAUCGCUAGGAUGCUAUGCCGACCAUUCUUCAGCGACGAAGUACAUCCCUUCAUGAAGCAGAUGGCUCAGGGUCUGAAGAUACCGAAGGUCUGUCCCUGCUCUAAGCCCGACUAUUGCAAGAUUUGCAAGUGAACUUUAUUGUGAUUUUGAUAGAGGUGGUAUUUGAAUAAAUUGUUUU